AUUUAAAUAAGAGGUUAUAUUUAUAAAAAUUUAAAAAAUUGUAAAUAAAUAAAUACACAAAAUCAAAAUAUAUUUAAAUUUGAGGGGGUGCAGUAAACUAGCAAUAAUUGACGAAUUAGGAAAUAUGACAUUGGGAACACCCACAGAGGUUCCCGCUGAGCAGGUACAUGCCAAAAGUAUCAUAGUAAUCCAUCCAGGUUCUUUAAAUUUAAGAAUUGGUCGAGCAUCGGAUUUAAACCCUUUAACGACAUUGCAUGCUAUUGCAAGAAGAAGAUUACCGGGUGGUAUUCAAUAUAGAGAUAGUUUUUUGCCUGAAAGAGUAGACCCUAAUCUUAUUCAAGAGUUAGAAGAGGCCAGGCUAGCAGUUUCUCAUACAUUGCAGUCAUGUUUGCAAUCGGAUGGUAGAAGGAGAUAUGCUACUCCCCCACAACAAAUAGCUGCAUUUAAUCGUCGAUCUCAACCAGAACUGGUAAACAACAGUGGAGGAGAAUGGAUCAAGCCUGAAGGGGAUGUUGUCAUUGGUAAUGACAUUUUGAGGCUUGAUCCAAAACAAGAUUUUAAUAUUCAUUUUCCUUAUAAACGAGGCGAUCUCAAUGUUCACUCAGGUUCAGGAGGUUCACUGACUGCUGUAAUGGCAGACCUAGAAGCGAUAUGGAGUUAUAUUCUAGAAACAAAUUUUCAAAUAAGUAAAAAAGAUUUAAAGUUUCACAAAGCUGUGCUAAUAGUACCUGAUGUGUACAAUAGAACAUAUCUAAGAGAAUUGAUGUAUUUAGUGAUUAGUAAAAUUGGAUUUGGUCACUGCUUUUUGGUACAAGAUCACGUUGCUGCAACUUUCGGUUCAGGACUGAGUUAUGCUUGUGUAAUAGACGUUGGAGACCAGAAAACAUCAGUAUCAUGUGUCGAAGAUGGAAUUUGUCAUCAGAAUACUAGAGUUCGACUUGACUAUGGUGGUGGUGACAUAACUCAAAUAUUUUUCUGGCUUCUUCAGAAGUGUGCAUUUCCCUACAAGGAGUGUCGAGAUAAAAACAAACUAGAUACCAUGCUCCUCCGAAAGCUAAAAGAAGAUUUUUGUCAUGUCAAUUUAGACAUCUGUGGUUCCCAAGAAAAAUCCUUUGUUCUAAAACAACCUGAUAUGCCGGUUUAUCACUUUACGAUACAAGUUGGAGAUGAAUGUAUCAUAGCACCUUUAAGUCUUUUUAGUCCCGAAUUAUUUGCUAUUACUGGAACAAAGUUGAUUCAUACUCAGAAAAUAUCAACUGGAGAUCCUGAAGAUCCGCAUGACGAAAUAUAUUUAAGGGAUAUUCGUAAAAAAGGUAUGAAAGAAAGCUUAGAUACCGCAAAUGCAGAUCUUUUAAAUGAUACUUACCUGGACAAUCAACAAAACAACCCGAAUGAAGAUGAUAUAGUAGUUGAUGCGAUGGAUCCUGUAGUGCCAACUUCUAUUCGGGAAUUUGUUACCAAUCCAGGACAAAUUUUGGGCUUGGAUCAAGCUGUUCUUCAAAGCAUAGACAGGUGUCCCAAUGAAGAGAUUAAGAGAAAAAUGUAUGGAUGUAUUUUAGUUGUAGGAGGUGGAAUGAAAUUUUCAGGUAUUGGUACAUGGCUUCAAAAUAGAAUAUCUCUCCAAAUACCAUAUUUAUAUAGAGCAGAACAACUAGAUAUAGUCACAAAUCCCAGAGAUAUGGAUCCAUCCAUGGUAGCUUGGAAGGGAGCGUGUAUAAUGUCAUGUUUAGAAACUGCUCAUGAAUUGUGGAUUAAUGCUGAAGAAUGGGAAAAAUUUGGUGUUCGAAUUUUAAGAGAAAGGGCUCCUUUUACUUGGUAGUUUUAAAUUGUAGAUAGUAACUUAUUUAUUUUGUAUUUAAUUUUUUUAAUAAAAAUAUUUUUAAACUGUA